CGACAAAUGGUCAACAGCAGUCUGUUCAGAAAAGACAUGCUACAAUUGGUAGAAAUAAUAGACCUCCGACGUUGGAAAGACCUUGUGCUAUGUAUGUUUCUUCACCCCGAACUGCCAAUUCAACCAACGGUCAAUCCUCCAAUUCUUGCCAGCAGCAGCAACCCUCAUCUCAAGGGCUUCGUAAGGGCGAAGCACCAGGCCUAAGGGUGCGCAGAUACGCCCUUCAAUUAGCCAAAGACAAAAGCACCACUUUUGCCCAAAAUGUAGACCAUUUCAUUGCUUGCACUAGGGAUGGAAGGGAAAGACAACCCCAUGUGGUCAUGAGAAAUAUGAGGCAGUUCAUGUCAGGUAUGAAAAACUAUCUCCUGAAACACGGUGAACGUGGUUUUGAGAGGGAAGUACAAUUGGCUCGUGCAAGGUUACGUGGGGACGAGUUUUUAAAUUUGGACGCACUUUUGGAGUCCGUCAUGCAAAAAUUGGUGGCAGUUCCUCUGAGAGAACAUUUGUAUGCGCUAUUUGUGGAAUGGUGUGCGACCAGAGGCGAUAUCGAACUUAUGGCUGAAAAUAUCAAGUUGGCUGCUGAAUACGAACCUAGGGAACUUGGACUUAGGGCUUGUGUGAGUCCUCCAAAUGGUGCUUCGAUGAGCGCAAUUGCUGAUCAAUUGACUUUGCUUCAGGAAGCAGAAUCGCCUUUGGACAAACUCGAUAAAUUAUUGAGAGCAGUUGCUUUGGUUUUUGAAGGAACUGGAGGAAUAAAGGUGGUCUCCGCCGACGACUUCCUGCCCCUCCUGAUCCUGGUCAUAGCCCGCUGCGGAAUGGUCGGAGCAGAAAUCGAAUCCGAGAUAAUGUGGGGCCUGCUCCAGCCCAGUCUCCUGUCAGGAGAAGCAGGUUACUACCUCACUGCCCUUUCGAGCGCCGUGCACGUCCUGAAGAGUUUGGGAGCAGGUUGUAAGGACGCCACUGCCGCCUCCAAUUGCUUCCGACCCCGUCUCCUACUACCAGCCUGCGGGUCCCUUCUCAGGGUUGUAGUUCCUGAUGAACACAAUGGGUCCCUACAAACCAGGACCUUACCAGUUAGACCUCAUACAACCGCCAAAGAAGUCUGCAGGAUCAUCGCCCAUAGGGCCAGAGUCACAAAUCCUCAGGACUACGGACUUUUCAAAUUGGUGGAUGGUGAAGAAUCUCUCUUGGCCGAUGGUGAAUGUCCGCAAGAAGCAAGAUUGUCUGCUGAAGGCAAACAUUGCGUUUUGGCUUAUAAAAGAAUUGACGCCAAAAUUGCUUGGCCUACACAAGCCUUGGUGAUUUCUGAUGAAGAUUGCUAAUGGAAAAAUGAAAAGGACAAUGAAACUUUUGGUCUUUUGAACUUUUGGAGACUUUCGGAUACUUUUGGAGUCUUUUGGAGCCUUUGGUAAACGACUACCACCUGGUAUGGACAAAAUUGCUUGUAUCAA